AUGGGCACGCUGUUAGCUCUCACGAUUCUAUUCUCCUACUGUUUAGUAUCGCUUCACGGACACGGAUACUUAUUAGAACCGGUUGCUCGUAGUUCAGCUUGGCUUGUUGAUUCUUCAUUUCGAGAAUGUUGUACUUGGCCUCAACACAUGGAAAUGUUCUGUGGAGGUUUAGGCCAUCAGUGGAAUGUCAAUGAUGGAAAGUGCAGUAUAUGCGGAGAAGCUUACGAUAAACCAAUUAAAGUAUUCGAAAAAGGUGGAGCUAUGUACAAAGGUACAAUUGUGAAAACAUAUAAUCAGGGUCAACAGAUUGAUGUAAAAGUAGUGUUAACAGCAAAUCACAAGGGUUACUUUGAAUUUCGUUUGUGUAACUUGGACGCUAGUCCAUCGGCCGAUGCCUCUCAAGAAUGUCUUGAUCGUCAUCUACUGAAAAUUGCAGAUACAGAUUCAACAAGAUUUCGUGAUGUUGAUAAAUACGGUUCGGAAAUGAUCACGCUUCACACCGAUGGUAAUAGUUGGGGUACAGAUCCUAGUACUGGUCAGUCUGGUGCCGGUCUCGGAAGAGAAAAUGAAACAUUUAUGGGCUGCUCUGAUAUUACAAUUUUAACAAAUGGGUCACCAAUAGAUCCACCAAUGGUUAUCAUACCCACAGCACCAACAAGGAUCAGUACGACUACUACUACAAGCGUUUCAUCAUCAUCAUCGAAUCCUUCAACAUGGUGGCCGACAAAUCCCUCUACAUGGUCAUCUAAGAAUCCAUCCACAUGGUGGCCAACAAAUCCUUCUACAUGGUCGUCUAAGAAUCCAUCAACAUGGUGGCCGACAAAUCCCUCUACAUGGUCGUCUAAGAAUCCAUCAACAUGGUGGCCGACAAAUCCCUCUACAUGGUCGUCUAAGAAUCCAUCAACAUGGUGGCCGACAAAUCCUUCCACGUGGUGGUCAACACCAACGCCAACAAAUUCUGCGUCAAAAUUCUCAACAACUACAACAACUGCUCGUCCACCACUUGGUUUAACAACAUGGUCAGCCGACCUCUUUGAUUAUCAGAUAGGUGAUGAAGUGAUGUAUGAUGGUGUGAAAUAUCGAUGCAUUGCUCCUCAUCGAUCAUACCGUGGCGCUGAGCCCGGCUUGCUUACGUGGGCAUGGUGGGAGCGUAUCGAAGAAAGUGAAGAAGCAAAUUGA